AUGGCAUUAGGACGCCCCAACAAACGACCACGCAACAAGACGGGACUUACCAGCUCAAGGAUCCGCCACGUUGUGUCUCAUCGGGACCGUGUGCUGCAUCCAACACGAGAGGUCCUAGGGCCAAGUAAGAUUGCUGAGCGGGCAGCUGGUACGAAUAUCCGCAAACGAGCUCGCGCAGAAGCACUGACAGCAGAUGAGAAACGCGCACUUGAGGCGCUUCGAGAACAGGACGACUUCGAUUUCGAGACUCACAAUGACCCCGGUAUGAACGUCCUCGAUGGAUCUGAGCCAGUGGACAUCAGUCAUGCGGGAGGAGAGUUCCACGAGCUUACCAGAGAGCUACUAGGGGAUUUCUACAACAUAAAUGCCAAUACAAAGUCUCGCAGGCCAGACUACAGGACGAGGCGUGAUAGGACACGGCGGCGCACCGAGGCAUUCGAUAGACAGAUGCCAGCCUUGACAAAGGCCUACCUCGAUUGGCAUCUCUCAAUUAGCAAUGCUGCCAGCGGCGACUGCGGGUUUUUUGCGCACCAUAAGAACACUUCUCAGGCCCGGGAGAACACAGCGGAGGGUUCCAUCCAGAUCAAGGUGGUGGAUGUAUUUUGCGCUGAGAAAGUUCCUCUCACCAUACUAUCGACGGACUCGUUUAUUGCAUCAGCCCUUGUACGACAAGGCAUCAUUCCCUCCUCACCCAUAAGUCCAACUACUGGCUUAACAACAUUGUGUGACUUGCAAGGGGUUCAAUUUUACGCUUAUCUAUCUCGCCAAUUCUCGAUUGCGCUGGACGUUUACCUACAGAUUCUCACCAGUGUCAAUAUGCUAGUCGACGAGGCACUUCGCCGUGGAGACCCUCACUGGCGCUUAAAGCAUGCUUGUCCAGCAUGUACAUACAAACUGCAAGCGAGUCUUGAAAAGUCGACGCAGGAUGAUUUGGACUCUGACGACAAUUCUCCCUUGGCCCAACGCUCAUCAGAGUUACCCACCACGCAAGUUGUCGGUGGCGACCGUUAUUUGUUAAACGAGUACAUCGAACAGUUUGCAAGAGACUCGCCUGCCGAUAUGUUAUCCCUUGAUGACGACAAGGACAAUCCUUGCGCAGGACGCUGGAAAAAUAUGCGAGAUGAAAAGACGAAGAAGAUGUGGGGUGUUUUCGACGAGUCAGGUAUAUUUAUGUCUAUCUGCAGGCAUGGUUUCUCGCUCGUGAUAGCCGACAUGGUCCAAAGUGGAGAACAAGCAAAGUACCCUCUAGCCGUCGUCUCAAAACUUCUCGAUACAUUCGGCAGCAACCUUGGAGGAGGUUACGACAUCGGCUGUCGCUUUAAGACUACACUCAGCCGUAGUUCACUAGGUCAGCGCGCACGGGAACUCAAUCAUACCUCACUUGUUGGGGCAUUCCAUGGACACGCCCACCAACGUCUCUGUCAGCUUGACCAUCUCGCCACAUAUGUGGAUGGCCUUGGGCUGGAAGACCUCGAGGGCUGCGAACGGACAUUUUCGAAGUCGAAUGCACUUGCCUCCUCUGUGCGAUACGCGAGCGUGUUUCACCGGCGUCAAGCUAUCGCCCAUUACUUUGAACAUAACGAUGAUUAUGAGAUCUAUGCAAAUCUUAGUACAUUCUUAUAUAACAACUACAAGCAGGCGCUCCGCAUCAUCUCUGACGGCACCAACUCCCUGCCCAAGCUCAUGCAUGAGCUUGGCCUCGAGGACAAGAGUGUCUUUGACACCUGGUUGGCCGAGGAACGAGCCUAUCUCACAUCGUUGAGUCAUGAACCGAACCACGAGACCAUCCAGAUGGAAUACUGGCAAAAACUCUUGAAUCUAUCAGGUAGCAAGAAGGACCUCGAUGCUGCUACUGCAGCUUGGACCGUCACUACGCCAAGCACUGUAGAGUUCGGACCCCAUGAUAUCGCGUCAACGAACAGGAUCGAGACGACACGUAGGCAUGCCAUGGAAAACUACGAGAAGGACCUCAAGGCUGUCCAGGAACUUGAAACGAAGCUCGGCGUGACUCGUAGAUGGGAACAGGAAGACCAGGAGUGGAAAGAUGUGGGUCGUCUAGUGGCAAACCGAAAGUUUCAGCGUGCGCUGGACCAUCUGGAGGGUCUGGUUGUUGCUCGAAUUUUUGAACUUUCGAAGAUGAAUCAAGCGGGGACGGGCUACAAACUGCGCAAACACAUUGGCAAGGCGCUGCAAGUACGGUCAGCGGCCAUUCGGACGGCACUAGACAGGUACAACACUGCUGCUCGAGCACUACGCCCCCCGCGUGCCUCCCUUUCAUGGGAGGAAGUCGUUGAAUACGCCUUUCUUUCCGACUUCGAUCUCCUCCGUGACGCACGUCAAGACAUAUCACAACGUCCUUGGGCAACACCCACCGGACGCCUGACCAUGGAUACAUAUUUCAAGACGCGCCGUGCCCGUGAGGAAAUACAGCGUCUCGACAUCGAAAUCAGACGUCUAGCCACUUACCUACACGACGAGAGCCGGUACCUGACAGAGUGCGAGAAGCAGCUGCAAACUUUGCACCCCGGGCUUGCUCAUCAAGUUUCCUUGCACCGCAAGAUUCGCGCGCGGUUCGCUGGACACCACUAUCAGCGCCUGCAUGAUAUCAGUAUGCUGGAGGGCUUUACAGGAUCCAUCACGCCGGGUGAGAGUGUUGAACGAGGACCGGGAGCCAGCGCAAGCUCCCCUAUAGUCUGUAUUCCUGCGCAGCUGGUUGCUGAUGGGCUUAGCAUGGUGCCUGAAGGCGAGGAUGAUGCACUGGAGGACCUUGAGGACGAUGAGAAUGCUGACGUGGAUGGUGAGGAGCAUGCUCGCGUUCUCGAGAGUAUUCUACAGGUGACCUUAGAUGUUUGA